AUGUUUUAAAAUUUAGUCAAGCUUAUUCUUUGUGGAGUAGCUCAUCUUUUCCCGCAGUGAUGGCGAGAAAGUGGUUCCGCUCAGUCAUUGUUAAAGUCCACUUAUGGUCUGCUUUUUCAACACCAGCAGUACAGUGUUUAGCUUCCAAAAAGCAAAUAUAGAGCAGGUUUAUUCCACGUUUGAAAUCACCAACUCAUUUAUUUGCGUUCUGUGACACUGUCCUGUGACUGACACCUGAGUAGUGCAGGGACCCACAGGAACCAAUCCCCUUUACCCAGCACACAUCUGUGCUAUGUAACCAGCCUCUCUGGUGACUUGCACAGCUGCACUCCUGUAAACACUCACAUUGUGCAAAACAAAGCAGUAUAAACACCAUAAAUGUCCAAAAGCGGCUCGUCACUUCCUCCCAUGAUACAUGACGCAGUUUGCUUGCGGUUGUGAAAUCUGUAUAUUUUCUAAGUGCAAGUGUGACUGGAACAUCGGCGGAAGCUGCUUAUUGUUAGUGCCUGUAAAUCACCUCAUGUUAAGAAAAAAUGUAAGGUAUUAUUAAAAUGUAAAAAUGAAAGAGGAGCAUAUACACAGCACACGACGAAUGCAGAUCACCUGACCUAAUGGGAACCCCAGUGUAUAUGAGCAAUGUCUGUUACUGUAAAUAAUACGGAAGAAGCCCAUACAUAGUUCUCUACACUUUAAUGAUGUAGAAAUGUCUGACUCACACGUGUCUCUCUUAAAGUAAGACCUCCUUCUCCUAAGUCCUUUAUAAGGACCCUCACCGCGCUCCUGUUCAGAGUUUGACUGAAAUAACCUGUUUGUACAGAGCCCACUAUUUUAUUUUAUUUUAUUUUAUUUAUUAUAUUAGAUUUUAUUUAUUUUGACUAUUAUUUGUUUGUUUUCCAAAUGUCUCUGCAACGCAGACCUUUCCCUCACCUGUCGUCUCUGCUCCUCAUCAUGUCCCUUCCCCUCUCUCGGUCAUUUUAUCUCACUGACUCCAACCCACUUCUAUCCUUCAGCAGUCACGUCAGAGAAGUCCACCUCUACACAGAUAACCACAGAAGAGGGAUGUAUCUGCAGAUGACGCAGGACGGGAGAGUGUCAGGGAGUGAUGUCCAGACACCUGACAGUGUGCUGCAGCUGAAAUCUGUGAAACCAGGACACAUAGUCAUCCAGGGACGCUCAUCAGCUCUGUUCCUCUGCGUGGACAGCAAAGGCAGUUUGAGGGGACAGAGUCACUACACAGAAGCUGACUGCACCUUCCAGGAGCUGCUGCUGGCCGACGGAUACACCCGCUUCCUGUCCUCCCACCAUGGAUUCCCCGUGUCUCUGGCAGCGAAACAUUCCCCGGGUCGACACUCGGUGCCUUUCACUCGGUUCCUGCCACUGAGGAACAUCCUGACAAGAGAGGCUGUGUCAGAGGCACCGAUGGGCAGCCAGAGACAUUUCGACGUGGACUCGGACGACCUUUUCGGAAUGGGCCUGCAUUCUAUGGCAAGUCCUCAGUUCUCAGUGGACAAAUGAAUGAAUGAAUGAAUGUAUGAAUGAAUGAAGUCUUUUUAUUUAUCAAUGAUAUACAUUAUUCUAACUUAUUUAUUUAUUUAUUUAUUUAAUUAAUUAAUUAUGUGUGUGUGUGUGUGUGUGUGCACGUUAUUGUAUGGGUGUCUCUGUGAGGACCAAAAAAACAUAUAUACUUAAGCAAGUGAGGACAUUUUGUGAAAGUGAGGACAUUUUUGGCUGGUCCUCACAUUCUGACACCCCUUCAAAUGUCUUUUUCAGGGUUGAGACCUGGUUUUAGGCUUAGGGUUAAGCACUUAGUUGUAAUGGUUAAGGUUAGGGUAAGGG